CUUAUGACGUGAUGUGGUUGUCAUGGCAGCCAGUACCAUCAUCACUAACAACAUUCUUCAGACAACAGUCCUGGUGCACAAUAUUUCACUCACUACAAGUCUAUCAUACAAGAAGAAACAGAUAUAUAGAAUACGGGUGACAGCAGCUAGUACUGUAUAUAACUACUAACCAUGAGUGAGGAUAUCAAGUUUAUUGUGUCUGAGCUCAACAAGGAGCCAUACAAUCGUAACUACAACCUGAUUACCUUUGAUGCUCUUAGUGGUGAACCUCUAUUACAGGUACUAAAUGAUGUCUUUGCUGAAAUUGACCCCAAAAACAAGUUGGAUAUCCGAGAAGAGGAGCCAGAGCAAAUGGCAGUGCGGAUGCUGGGCAUGUUAAGAAUACUGAAAUAUAAGCCUCCAGAUGAUAACAUGAGCAAUUUCCGCCAGGGUCUAGUGUCUGGAAAUAAGUAUGUCAUCCAUCCUAUCCUGUCAUGGCUUCUGCAGAGAAUGGAGGAACUAAAAAAACGUGCUUAUUUAGCCAAAUACUUGGUUAAGUUGGAUGUUCCUGCCGAGAUGCUUGGGGAUGCAGAUGUAGCUGACACUCACAUGAAGUAUGAAGAGCUAAUUGAUAAGUUCAAAAUUAUUCAUCGUGAAUAUGAGUCAUUACGAACUAGUGGGUUUUCCACAUCUGAACUUCGUCGUGACAUCACGGCAAUGGAAGAGGAGCGUGACCUUGUUUUCAGGAGGAUUGAAAAAAUGAAACAAAAGAUAGAGGGAACUCCAAACAGUGAAACAAUGCUGGCAUCAGCCCGUGCUCUUCGACAAGAGAGAGAACGAAAGAAGGAAAUGGCACAACAGGAGUCUGAUCUAAAAGCUGCUAUACAGCUAUCUGAGCAGAGAACUUUGCGCCUGCAAACGCAGCUGAAAGAUAUACGGAAGGCUGGCAUGGGCACCACACCUGAGGGGCUAUUACAGAGGCUGGAGGAAGAUGUGAAUGUGAACACAUAUAUUGUCAAGGAGAAGUUACCUAAGGAGCUUGCAUUAAAACGACGACAUGUGUCAACCCUGCAACAAGUAGCAACACAGCCUGCAAUGGGACAACAGGAAAUAGACACUGUAAAGAAACAGAUUCGUGCACUGACAGCUGAGAUCAACAACUUGAAUGAAGCUCGUAUGAAGGAAGUGGAAGAAGAUGACAGCCCAGAGAGCAAGGUUGGAAAGUUAUCAUUUUUUCGGCAAAAUGCAGCAAUAAUCACCCGAAAGAAAGAACAAGCUGCUGAACGUCUUAAUGAACUACGAGGAGAAUUAGCAAACCUUCAAGAGGAUAUGAGGGACAAGCAGGAUCAACUUCAACAGUUCUCUGGUGAACAAGUCCUCCGAGGUGAAGAGUUCAAGCGCUAUGUCAAUAAACUAAGGGGCAAGAGCUCAGCAUACAAAAUGAAACGAGCUGAAUUAAGUGAACUGAGAGCUGAAUUUGGGGUUCUUAGUCGAACUGGAGAAAUUCUGCAUUCCAAAGAGGCACAAAUGUUAGAGCAACUUAGUGCUCUAGAGUCGCAGAUGGGUGUGUCAGGUUUCCGUGAAACUCAGGAGACCAUGGAGAAGGUUUCAUCAAUGAAAGCUGAAGUUGAUGAACGCAAAGGACAGACACUUGAGGAAAUGUCUGGCAUGGUUAUGGAGUUGAAUCGUAAAAUUGCAGAAAGAAAAGCACGCCUGGCCCCACUUAUCAAAGAACUGCGCCCUCUGAGACAAAAAGCACAAGAUUUAACCGUGGAUUAUAAUGACAAGAAGCAUGCAUAUGAUUCUGUGGCAGCAGGCUUGGACACUAAUAUGAGUAAACUUGAACAGGAAGUUAAGAGUCUACAUGAUGAGAUUGUAAAAUCAGAAACAAAGUACCACCUGUUCAAUGCUGAACGGGAAAUUCUGAACUUCAAGCAACAGCAGGCAAGUGAAGAAAUUAAAUUAUACCUUUCCAGCGAUCCACAUGAUAAAAAGAAAUCACUCAGAGAACAGCUUAUGGCAAACAUCAAUGAACAAGAGAAGCUUGGCCGGCUACUACGAGAAGAACAAAAAUCAGUUAAAGACCUCCUUCAGACUUCUGCUAAACAACUUAGAAUGUGGCAGGAUGUUGUAAAGCUCUUGGAUAUGAAAAGAAGAUGCUUGGAUGCUGUAAGAAAUGGUGGAAAUGUUACUCGAAACAGUGGUGGUGAAGCAUUAGUAUUAUAAGUUAAGAAACUUUCGUGUAAAUUUAUUAUAUUCUGCAUUCUACAAAACUAAAUCUUACAACAACUUAGCUCAGUUCCAGAGGAUUUAAAACAACUUUUUUGGUUUAUAAGUAAUGUUGGAAAUCCUAUUUACAUUAUUCUUAAACUAGAAUUAUCAUUGGUAGCUCUGCAUAAAACUUCUUUCACAACUAGUCUGCAAUUUUCUUUUUUUUAGAUUGUCAGUCACAUUUGUCUUCAACCUCAGAUUGUAUAUAAUUUACUACUUAAAAGUCAUAAUAAUCUCAAAAACUAACCUACACAACUCUAACCAAACAAUGUUGCAAUAACUCAUGUAACCAGUUUCAUCAUAACUCGACUCACGAAAUCGUAAUGAACGAUUGCAAACAAACCAUACCACGGGCGAGGAUAGAACCCGUGUUCAAAGAGUCUCAAAACGAAUCUUAUUGUGGCUAGCUGGUCCAGUGGCUAAUGCGACGGUCUGGAGUUUUGAGACUCUCUGAUCGUGGGUUCUAUCCCCGCCCGUGGUAUGGUUAGUUUCAUUAUAACUUUCACAAUAUAAGCUAGCUAUUGUUUGGUAACUUAUCUGUAUAUUAUUGAUAACUUACCUCCUUGGAGUUCCUCAGGAAUGGGGAAGUGGCUGAGAAUUGCAACUGCUGGUUUUGUUAUGCCAGAGAAGUGGGUUCCACCAAAACAUCUGUACACAGUGGAACCUCGGUACUCUAACAAAACUCAGCACUUGACCAAACAAACACGACGUGCCAGAACUUCACUGUAAGCUAUUUCAUAUUUCUUCACAUUUUUUGGUGUUUUUUUUUUUUUAUAUUAUUUGUAUAAGUCACCAUGGGGCCUAGUGAUAACAGCCAACCAAAAAGAAAAUUGGUUGGGAAGAAUUUGUUCGAUACUUGAAUGGAUCGGCACUCGAACAGCCUUCUGGAAUGAAUUAAGUUAGAGUAACGAGGUUUCAUUGUACUUCAUGGAAGGGCAGUACAAGUGAAAAAGGUGCCUUCUUUUUUUUUUACCAUGGAUAUUUUUACUUAAUAUACAGGUACAUAUUUUUUUUUAUAUGGUGUAUCAGUUACUGUGAUAUAACUCAUCCAUAUUAUAGUCAUAAUGUAAAGUAUACUUUUAGUAACCAAACAGUCUAGUAAAUGUUCCACAAUGGUUCCAAGUUAAUGUCUUUUGAUAUACUCAAGUUAGCAUUGUGGUUUAAUAUACCUGUGGUUGUUCUUGGUGUGUACAAAGUUAUUCUGAUAAUGUACUCUUAUAUUAUAAUCAUAACUAAGUGCUAAACUCAUUAAGGUUUUACAGCACUGAUGUACUCUCAUAGUACUGAAUUAUGAUAUACAGUAGGGUCCCGCUUUAUGGCGUGUUGCUUACGGUGUUCCACUAAUACAGAAUUUUAAAAUUAUGACCAAAACUCGCUAUACGGCUCCCCCCCCCACUUGACUUUCUAAUACGGUCACCAUGCCACCGCCCAGUUUGUUUACAUUCUCCAUAAGCACAGUGUCUCUCUAUUAUGUCUGGAAACUUUCCAAAAUUUCAAGUGUUUAAAGUUAUUUCAUGUUUACAUUAAGACUACAAAUAUUUUAAGGUAUGUAAUAAAUGUACUGUAUAUGCAUUUUAUCAUUCUGGGGUGCUUUAAAUGUUGUAGUAUAUUACGUGUGGGUGGGGUGUCUUGGCUGGCUACCAUACCUCCCACACCUGACUUCUUACAAUAAAUACUACUCACCUCUCGACUUAAAAUAUUUGUAGUCUUAAUUUAGGGUAAGUAAUGAAUGUGCUGUGUGUGUAUUUUACUUUUUAUUGUUUUUAAUGCCUAGUUCUAUUGCUAACUUAAUAUAUGUUAGUGUAAACUUAUCUGGCAUUUAUAUGCAUUUAUAAGUGAAAAAAUGACUCUCUGCUUUCCAGCAGUAGCCUGGAACCUAACCUGCUAUAUAAGUGGGGCCCUACUGUACAUUAUACACUGAAUUAUAAUUAUUAUAAUCGUGGGGGAGCACUAAACCUGUAGGAUUAUACAGCACAUGUGGGGGGUGGGGGUAGAAGGUAUUCAGGCUCAAUUCAGGGAACCAAAGCACAGAUCCAAUUCCCUAGAUCAAAAGCCCCUCACCAGCAUCAAGGAACCUCCCUUGAGGGGUUAUACACUGAAGAUAAUGUAAUAUAGCAGACUUCCUUCAAGGGAUGGAGGGUGCCUAGAUUAUGGUGAAGGGCUUUUGUGCCAAGAAAUUGAAGAUGCAGUCUCCUUCCUCAGAUCAAACCUGAUAACUUCCAUUCCCUCAAGUGCUGUACAACUCAUACAGGUCUAGCACUUCCACAUGAAUGUAUAAUCUGGCACACCCAUUGUAUUUAAACAGAAGCACUUUGCAUUCUUUGAUCUGAUACACAAGAUUUAUACAACGCUGUAUGUUUAAAAUUAUCGAGCCUUUAUGCUAAAUUACAAAUGAGUACUGUAUUAUAUGCAGUAUGUUUUUAGACCUAGUAAUAGAAAUCUGUUGAAUUAAAACAUAUUAUUCACCUUAUAAAUACAGUAAUGAAUAUUCUAGUUGUAUUUAACCCAAUAUUUAAUUUUCAACACAUCAGGCAUCACCCACCAAGGUUUGGCGACUUGAAGAAGAGAUGCAUUUAUUGCCUCCAACCUCUUCUCUGCUGCAAUAUUUAACAAUCAUGCUUUACACCCAUAUAAGUGUUGGUACCAUUAUACUUUGGCACAUUACCUUUUUCGAUGCCUCCAUAUAUGCAUCAAUACACCACCCAACUUUUUAGCUUAGUGCUAUGAUUUACCAUCUUUAACAGACCUAUUUGGUGACAUCCUCACUCCCAAUCACCUAAACACAUUUACUUUCCCCAUACUCCCUCCCUCCAAUCUGAUAUUCAGUCGUUCAUUGUCUAAAUGUUUUGUUACAUACCCUCCCAAAUUUGUCCGCUAACCUUUCCAGCUUCUCUUCAAGACCUCCCAAAAUAAAUAAAUAAAUAUGGGUCAUCCUAGAAAAGGAUAGAGGGAGGAGGCAAAAGAGGUGUGUAUAAAGGGGCUUGGACAUGCAGCAGGCAUGUGUGAGUGUGUUAGAUAGGAGUGAAUGGAGACAAAUGGUUUUUGGGACCUGACGAACUAUUGGAGUGUGAGCACAGUAAUGUUUUGUGAAGGGAUUCAGGGAAAAUGGUUAACUUGAGUCCUGAAGGUGGGAAGUACAAUGCCUGCGCUUUAAAAGAGGGGUUUGGGAUAUUGGCUGUUUGGAGUGAUAUCUAAA